AUGCUGACGAGAACCCUUCUUGGUUGGGUAGUGCACGGUCGCAUUGGAGCCCGGACUCACCAAGAUCAACUCGAACCGGAGGCGAUCUACCACAUCUGGCAGCCUGAGUCGGAUUUGCACCAACUAGUGAAAGAGUCAUUCACCAUUGAGAACUUUGGCGUUGUACCGUCUGCUUCUGCUGGCAAGCCAAAGGCCAUGAUCCGUGCUGAAAGUAUCCUGAACGACACCACGGUUCGCGUUGGUGACCGGUAUGAGACAGGCCUCCUCUGGAAGUCAGAUCAGCCCAAGCUUCCGUCCAGCCAAGACAUGGCUUUCAACCGUCUAAUGGGCAUAGAAAGAAAGAUGGCUAAGUCUCCAGAAUUCGCAGCAGAGUAUGCCCAGAAGAUCGAUGAGUACGUUCAGAAAGGCUACGCUCGUAAGCUAACACCAGCAGAGGCUGCCGAGCAAACCGCACAUACCUGGUACCUACCACAUUUCGCUGUGUUCAAUCCGAACAAGCCCGGGAAGCUGCGUUUCGUAUUCGACGCGGCCGCCAAAGCUAGAGGGAUGUCGCUAAAUGACGCACUGCUCCCAGGCCCAGAUUUGCUGAACCAGCUCGUGGGUGUCCUGAUGAAGUUCCGCCAACGUGCUAUUGCCUUUGCGGCUGACAUCAAAGAGAUGUUUCAUCAAGUUCGGAUACGCCUAGAAGACCAGCCAGCUCAGCGCUUCCUGUGGCGACAACCUGGUGAGACUGGCCCGCCUGACACGUACGUCAUGGAAGUCAUGAUCUUUGGCGCAGUGUCAUCGCCAUGCUCCGCGCAGUUCACGAUGCGGCGCAAUGCUGAGGAGCACCGCGAGGAAUUCGCUGCUGUAGCCGCAGCAUGCGAGGAGAACUACUACAUGGACGACUACCUGGACAGCGUCGAUACUACCGACCAGGCGGUACAGCGUGUAGCCGAUACAAUUGAGAUCCAGCAGCGAGGCGGGUUUACGAUCCGCAACUGGAUUAGCAACUGUAGCGAAGUGAUGAUGAGUGUGCCAGCUGAUAUGAGAACAGCUGGAGUCGUUGACCUCAGCUCACAACUGCCUGUGGAGCGCAUGCUGGGUCUUCGGUGGGACCCGAACAGUGACGAGUUCCUGUUUCAACUCAACGUGACACGCCGAGAGCAGCUGUCUGCCGCGCAUCCCACCAAGCGAUCCCUACUCAGCAUCGUCAUGUCAGUUUUCGACCCGCUAGGCUUCCUGGCUGCGUUUGUCAUUGCCGCACGGAUACUCCUCCAGGACAUCUGGUUGAGCGGCAUCGGUUGGGAUGAUGAGAUUCCACCCGAGCUGCUAUCGCGCUGGCAGAUUUGGUGUGGACAGCUGCUCGAGAUCAGCAAGUUCAGAAUCUCACGUGCGUACUCCUGUUUCACGUCGUCCGCUACUGACCUGUCUCUACAUGUGUUCUGCGAUGCCAGCAGUAAAGCGUUUGCGGCAGUGGCGUACCUGAGAGUGGAGCACGCAGAUGACGUCGAGUGCAGCUUGGUUGCCGCCAAGACUAGAGUAGCCCCGCUGAAACCAACAUCCAUUCCACGUCUGGAGCUCCAAGCUGCAGUGCUUGGCUGUCGACUCGCCCAGAUGUUAGCUCAAGAGCAUGGGCUUAAGUGGCACAGCACCUGUUUCUGGUCCUGUUUCUGGUCAGACUCCAGAACUGUUCUCCAAUGGAUCAAGUCAGAUGCGCGACAGUUCAAGCCGUUUGUCGCUCACCGAGUAGCUGAGAUCUGCGACGCCAGUGAGGCCAGCAGUUGGCACUGGGUACCAACACUGCUAAAUGUUGCAGAUGAUGCAUCUCGUGGUAUCUCCAUGCACGAGCUGAGCUGCGGCCGAUGGAAGUCUGGUCCGGAAUUUCUAAUGCAGUCACGGGAAGCGUGGCCAGCUGCACCCGCAACGUCGGAUGAGUGCAUCGACACGACCGAAGUGAAGAAGGAGUUUGUUGCGGCGACAACAUCCCUGCCAAGGCCCCAGCAAAUUGCCGAAGCGCUGCCUGACGUCAACCGAUUCUCGUCAUGGAAACGUCUCAUCUGCACAACCGCGUAUGUUGCCAGGUUCAUCGCAAACACACGGGCCAGAGUUCGCGGCCAAACUGUCGGAUCAACCGCAGCCAUUUCAGCCAAGGAAAUGGAUGCGGCCGAGCAGCUCUGGAUGAAAUCUGUGCAGGCAGAGUGUUUUGCCGAAGAAGUGGCAUUGUUGAGCGAUGGCCAGCCUGUCAGCACCAGCAGUCGUCUACGACAGCUAGCACCAGCCAUUGACGAGGACGGGAUCCUGCGGGUUCAGGGUCGCCUCACACAUGCGACGGAAAUGGCGUACAGUGCGAAACAUCCGGCUAUCCUGUGUCCGAAGCAUAGGUACACACAGCUCCUAGUCCAUGAAUACCAUCUGCGUUCUGGCCAUCAUGGACACGAGAGGACAUUGAAUGAGCUUCGCCAGCAGUACUGGGUGACGGCAGGUCGAGCAGCUGUGAAGCGAGCAUGGUCUGAGUGUCAAUACUGCAAGAACCAACGAGCCAAUCCCAAGCCACCUGUAAUGGGAAAUCUACCUGUCCAGCGCUUGACCCCGUUCCUGCGACCAUUCACGUUCACCGGGCUGGACUAUUUCGGGCCGUUGCACAUCAAGAUCGGGAGGCGCUGCGAACUGCGCUACGGUGCGUUGUUCACAUGUCUGAGUACCCGCGCUGUACAUUUGGAAGUGGCUCACUCUCUGAACACUGAUAGUGCCAUCAUGGCAAUCAGGCGAAUGUGCGCCCGGCGAGGUUGCCCCCAAGAAAUCCACUCGGAUAAUGGAACCAAUUUCCGAGGAGCUGACAGGGAGCUGAAGGCGGCAUUGGAAGAUUUCCGCCAAGACCGACUAGCUGCUGAGUGUUCCAGUAAGGGCAUCUCAUGGCACUUCAACCCGCCACUUGCUCCCCACAUGGGUGGAAGCUGGGAGCGCCUCGUCAGAGCAGUGAAGAUCGCUAUGAAAUCCGUCAUGAAGGAGCGUGUCGUGACAGAAGAAGUACUAGCCACAGUCUUCGCUGAAGCCGAACAACUCGUGAAUAGUCGGCCGCUGACUCACGUCUCAGUAGAUCCUGAUGAUGACGAGUCCCUCACACCCAACCACUUCCUCAUUGGGUCCAGUAGUGCAACUAGUCGGCCAGGCGUGUUUGUAGAUGCUGAUUUGUGCCUGAGGAAGCACUGGCGGAUUGCACAGAAGAUCACCGACGAAUUCUGGAAGAGGUGGAUCUUGGAAUACCGGCCAGAACUCACCAGGCGGAGGAAGUGGCAGGACGGCACACCGUCACUGGCUGUAGGUGAUGUUGUGGUGGUCGUCGACAGCAACCAGCCACGAGGGCAGUGGCCUCGGGGCCGACUAGAGGCUGUACACCCGGGCAGUGAUGGCGUUGUGCGGGUGGCAGAUGUGCGCACCAAGUCUGGACUGUACCGGCGCCCAGUCGUUAAGCUUGCCAAGCUGGACGUGCUGCGCUAA